AUGUCCGUGAAAUUCCAGGAUAAGUUCCAAGACCAGGUCACGCAACAGGUCACCGAGCAGAUCAAGGGCCAAAUCCAGGGACAGUUUCAGGAGGAGGCUGCGAAGUCAAUUCGCCAAGACACAAAGGAAUUGGUGCACAAGGUCGGCGAACGCUUGACCGGCGGAAACCCUCAGAAUGGCUAUAUGGCUAUGUACCUGCGUCAGCUGCAGAAGAACCCUCUGCGCACGAAGAUGUUGACGUCGGGUGUGCUUUCCGCAUCUCAAGAAUACUUGGCCUCGUGGAUCGCGAAUGAUGUCAGCCGGAAUGGACACUACUUCAGCGCUCGCGUUCCCAAAAUGCUCCUCUACGGCAUGUUUGUCGCUGCCCCAUUGGGCCACUUUCUUGUGGGCAUCCUCCAAAAGCUCUUUGCCGGCCGCACAAGCCUGAAGGCCAAGAUCCUCCAGAUUCUCUUUAGCAAUCUCAUCAUCUCCCCCAUCCAAAACGCGGUGUACCUGUCGUCGAUGGCCGUCAUUACUGGCGCGCGCACCUUCCAUCAGGUUCGCGCAACCGUCCGCGCCGGUUUCAUGCCCGUCAUGAAAGUCAGCUGGAUCACUUCCCCUCUCGCACUCGCGUUCGCCCAGAAGUUCCUCCCUGAGCACACCUGGGUGCCAUUCUUCAACAUCAUCGGUUUCUUCAUUGGAACCUACGUCAACACCCACACUAAGAGAAAGCGCCUCGAGGCCCUGAGAAAGGUAAAUGCCCUCUUCAACCUUUUCAUCCCAGAGACUAAUUCGCAAUCCUAA